AUGGUCUGCAGCAUGAUGAGAUGGAUCCUGUUUAGCGCUAGCGUUAUACAGCUUGCGCCUGCCAGUUAUGUAUUCAACGCCACCAUAGUAAGCAUCUUCCUCAACAGCUCAGAGCUAACGUUCGAUUCCAACGUGAUCAUUCCGGCCGUAGGCCUCGCUGUCCAAAGUGUUAGUCGCCUGUUUCCGCACAUAAACUUCCAACUGGUGGUUCGCAACAGUAGCCAAACAUGUCUAGAGCACUAUGCCGGCGCACUGGCGGCGGAAAUUUACUACCAGCAAGGAGCCACAGCUUUUGUUGGUCCAGGAUGCAGCGCAGCACUGGACCACGUCGGAAGAAUGGCGUCCUUCUGGAAUGUUCCAGCCUACACCGCUGGAGGCCUUGACGAUAGCUUCAUACGGAAGGAAAUCUACACGACUCUGACACGGAUGAGCUUUUCGCUUGAUCGCAUCAGCGCGUUUUUGAUAACCGUCUUGAGGGAGUUCGACUGGCACCACAUAGCAUUCCUCGUUGAUGAAACCAGCCUCCAGGACAUGCUUACAUCGAAAAGCAUCGAACAGUCCAUUAAGAGGGUGCCGCAAUACGAGUUCUUCAGUGAGCGCUAUUACUUCAGCAGACACGAUCCGCCGGAAGCGAUCACCAAACGUCUCAAGACAGCACGGGACCGAGCAAGAGUCUUUGUCAUCCUUUGCAAUGGGGACAUGGUUCGCCGCAUCAUGCUCUUGGCGCACACAUUGGGCAUGGGAAACGGGGACUUCGUAUUCCUCAACGUCAACCUGAUCAGCAGUCAAUCGGCGUCAAACGAUCUUUCUUGGUACAAGCCUUUCGAUCGAAUGAACAAGGUUGCGAAAGAGAUGUACCAAUCCUUAAUGCUCGUGCGGGUAAGGGUCCCGACGAGUAAAGAGUAUAAAAACUUCAUGGUCAUGCUGAUGAAGUUUGCGAGGGAUAAAUACGACAUGAAUAUCUACGAAUCUGAUAUGAGUCCUGUGGUCGCAGCAUUUUAUGAUUGCGUGUUGAUGUAUGGCUGGUCAUUGAAUGAAACAUUAGCCGACGGCGGGGACCCUCUAGAUGGGCGUGCCCUCGUCCGGAAGCUGUGGAAUAACACCUUCAAAGUCGCAUUUGCCACUGCACGCGUGGAAAAGGUGAACGGAAAGAAGUAUUACCGCCGCCGAAGUAGCUCGUCGCCUUCUACAGUCGGAGCUGGCAGCAGUGGACGGUCGUCCGCUCAGUGUUUCAAAAGCACUUGA